AAAUAAAAAAAACAAUUUAAGUUGUCAAUUUUCUAUCAAACGUGAGUGUUUAAUUAGUAUUAGUGCACUUUUAGUUAAGAAGGAAUAAAAGUAAUAUCUUAAUACCCAGCUGUUUUACGAUACUGUAACAUCUUCCUUACCAUCUAAUCCUUUCUUUUUAAUUUAAGCGGAUAUUUCGCUUCUCUAACCUUAAAAUUUGGUUAGCUUUUCUAUGAUUUCAUAAAUCUGGUCACCCCUUUGGUAAAAUUACGUUAAAAUGAGCGGUGGAUUUAACUACGCCAAUAUCCAUGCAAAUACUAAAAGGCACAAUGCUGUUCCGCCCCCUUCGAGUGGGGUUAGCAAGCAGGGCUAUUCGACAAUGAACGCUAUCAGUCAAAAUGCGAUGGUGGCCUCAUGGGGCACGGGUAGUCGAAAGAGGGCGGCCACAGAAGACGAGUAUUUUGAUCAAGAUGAUGAGGAAGCAGUACCAGAACUGGCCUAUAUACCUGCACCGGGUAGUCCUACCCAUAUGCAAAUGGACAAGAAAAAACACCGGCACGAAGACGAGGAUGAUGAUCCUCUUGACGCAUUUAUGGCGGGAAUUGAAGCCCAAGUAGAAAAAGAAAGCCAAUCGACUUCCGUCUCAGUUGCUCCGCAACAAGCACCUGUGCGUAAUGACCUUGAAGAAGAGGAUGUUGAGGAGUCUUACUAUCGGUACAUGGAAGAAAACCCAAAUGCUGGUCUUUUGCCAGUUGAAGAAGACCAUCCGGAUAUCGACUAUGAUGAAGAUGGCAACCCAAUCCCGCCCGACAAGAAAAAAAUCAUUGACCCCCUGCCGCCAAUAGAUCAUUCUGAGAUAGAGUACAAACCUUUUGAGAAGAAUUUUUACAUUGAACAUCCCGAGAUAAAAUUAAUGUCGGAUGAUCAAAUCAAGGAACUGAGGCAUACAUACGAUUUGACAGUGACCGGGACCGGUGUGCCCAAACCUGUCGCUUCAUUUGCACAUUUUGGAUUUGACGAUAAACUGUUGAAAACCAUUAUCAAAGCGGAAUAUGUUUCUCCCACUCCCAUACAAGCGCAAGGAGUCCCGUGCGCGCUCAUGGGACGAGACGUUUUGGGGAUCGCUCAAACUGGUAGCGGUAAGACCGCUGCGUUUUUAUGGCCCCUUUUGAAGCAUGUCUCUGUUCAACCUCCCGUUGAGCCGGGUGAAGGGCCGAUAGCUCUCAUUCUGGCGCCCACUAGGGAACUGGCGCUUCAAAUCUACAGCGAAGCGAAGAAAUUCGCGAAAGUUUAUGAUGUCAAAGUUAUGUGCGCCUACGGCGGCGGCUCCAAGUGGGAACAAAGCUUGGCACUGAAAGAAGGUGCGGAAAUCGUUGUGGCGACGCCUGGUCGUAUCAUUGACCAUAUUAAGGGCGGGGCGACGAAUCUCCAAAGAGUAACGUUUCUGGUACUCGACGAAGCAGAUCGAAUGUUCGAGUUAGGUUUCGAGCCUCAAGUCAGAUCAGUUUGUAACCACGUACGGCCGGAUAGACAGACGCUGCUGUUUUCGGCAACUUUUAGAAAAAGAAUCGAAAGACUUGCCAAAGACGCGCUCAAAGACCCGAUUAAGAUAACGCAGGGGACGACGGGACAGGCGAAUGAGGACGUUAAGCAGCACGUGCUGUUAUUACCCACCCAGGAAGCCAAGAGAGAGUGGCUAUUCGGUAAAUUGGUGGAGUUGUUAUCGGCCGGGUCAGUUCUAGUGUUCGUGACUAAGAAAUUGGACGCGGAGAAGGUGGCCAACGAUUUGCUGGUGAAAGAGUUUGAUUGUCUGUUGCUUCACGGCGAUAUGGAACAGGCGGAGAGGAAUAAGGUUAUCAUGGCUUUUAAAAAGCAAGAGUGUCCCCUUUUGAUCGCCACGGACGUCGCCGCGCGAGGUUUGGACAUCCCGCACGUGCGCACGGUGGUAAAUUAUGACACGGCACGCGAUAUUGAUACUCAUACCCACCGGAUCGGUAGGACUGGUAGGGCGGGCCAGGAAGGUACCGCGUAUACGCUACUGACGUUUAGGGAUAAGGAGUUCGCGGGGCAUAUCGUCAAAAAUUUGGAGGCUGCCCACCAGGAAGUAGCCCAAGAAGUUCUCGAUCUAGCGUUGCAAAGCUCGUGGUACAGGAAGCAAAGAUAUAAGAGAAAAGAUACUCCGGCGAAUGUAGGAGGUAUAGGGCUCGGUUACAAAGAGAAGGUGACACCAGUGACUCCAAUGAAGGGGUUCGUGGCAAGCUCGUCGGGUAACCUUUCGACUACUACUGCGGCGAAACCGAAAGGACCCGCCACGGAUAGAUUGGCGGCCAUGAAAGAGGCUUUUAAGGCUCAGUAUACCAGCCAAUUUACCGCAAGCGUGGACAACCCGCCGCCGCCGCCCCCGCCGCAGUCUAACCGAAAGAAAAAGAGCAGAUGGGAGUAAACUAAGCCAAAUUAUAAUGUUAAUGUGUUUUAAUGUUAGGCUUUCGAGACCAUAUAGAACGGUACAUUUGCACUACCGGUUAAGAUUUCACAUUUUCGAAACGUAAACAUCGUUGGAAACGUUAAAGAAUAAAUAUACUAUAGACAGCAGACGCGUUUUUUC